AUGAAUGUUCAAAUUUAUAGUGUCAUUAUUAUCAAUAAAACAGGUACUCUUCAGUGGAUGAGAGAUUUUAGUGAAAAACCAACUAAAAGAACUGAAAAUGAUCCAUUAUAUUUAGCAUCAUCUUUUCAUGGAUUUAGUGUAGUUGCAAGUCAGAUAAAUCCAUUAUUAAAAGAGAGUGAUGGAAUUCAAAAAAUACAAACAAGUAAUUUUUCAUUACAAUGUUUACAUACACAAACUGGAGUUGAGUUUUUAGUUAUAGCUUCACCUCAAUCAGCACCAGUUCUUGGAGAAUUUUUAUCACAAUUAUAUAUUCUUUAUACGGACUACGUAUUAAAAAAUCCAUUUAUUAUUUCAGAAAUGAUUAUUAAAUCAAAGAAAUUUGAAACUAAAGUCAGAGAAUUAGUAACUUCAUUAAAAGGAAAUUCACAAUAA